AAGUUGAAGUGCCUUGCUCAAUGGCACGACGCCCUGUUUUAAAGAUUGUACUCUAUAUAGUGGCCAGAUAAGUCGAACCGAACCGGCGAUCGUCUGAAUACACCUGCACACUACUCCCACCGUCAUGUUGCCAUGGUGAUGAGGAUUCAUAUGCUGUGUAGUUUAGGCUGUAAUUGGGAUCAUAAUAAUUGAGAUGAUAGGCGCCUCUUUCAGCUGGUAAAACUCAAAAACGUUUAUUUCGAGUAGAAAAAAAAAUCAAAUGGAAAGGAGGGAAAAUGGCAAACAGAAGUUAAUACAACCUGUUGAACUGUCUCUGCAGGGUAAGUGUGGCAUCAGCGACACCUAGUGUUCUGGACACAUUAAAAAAAAAAAAAGUUUGGUGUUGUUUAAUGGACAUUUAGAGCCGUGAAUUUAGGCUAUAUUUUAGGCUUUAAUAAUUUCUAUAUAAUUUGCUGCUGUUGAAGUGUGUAAUAAUCUGUGAUCACCCUUUUGAGCAUCUUUAUCCUAAAGACUAUGUGAAGAUAAAUAAUAAGUAAACUCAAUUAAAUAUAAAAAAUAGCAAUUAAUCUGUGACGGCAAUUAAUUAAUUAACCAUUAAAACUUGUAAUAACCCUUAAUUAUACUAAUACAUAUUCAUAGGCUACACGCAUGAGUAAACGAACAAACUGCAGCAACACAAUAGUAGGGCCUGUGUGCAACUACAGUGCAGCAACAUAUAUGAUUAAACAUAAUCUGAUUAUAUUUUGAUUCAAUUAUAUGAAUUAGUUUUUGUAUUGUAUUUGUAAUUAUGUUUCUGCUGGUUUAUCAACACAUACAGAGUUGGUUGAGAUUAAGAUUUCGUUUGGAUUAAAACAGGACAUGAACAUUAUCUCACACCUUUCAACAAAGUUUUGACUGGAGACCCUAAAUUCUGUUGCCUUGGACAAACACAAAUAAUUAACUUUCAGUGUAUGUAGCUAUGUUAGAGUAUGGGCCACUGUAUUCAUUUUCUGUUAUGGAAAAUUGUGAAAAAGAAAAAAAAGAAUUUUCCAAAACUUUUGUCAAAAAUGUAAAUAUUUUUUUUUUUGGUCAAAUCUAAAUACCGAUUCCAAAGAAAAUAGUUUUAGAUGCUGCAGGUCAGUGUGUUUGGUCGCUAGGCCUGAUGCCCUGAACAUGAUGACUAUAUUUGCAUGUAAUUUGACGCAGGGAAAACACCGGACUAUAUUCACAGACACAACUAUUCAAAACUUAUGGGUAGACAUCGCCCCCCGACGGUGACUACAGCUCACUGUAAAGCACAGUGGGAUCACACUGUACAUCCUUUUUAAUGCUGAAGACACACAGCAACAUUUUCAAUCAUCUUCUAAACUGACAGGAUAAAUUCACUGUAAUCUCGUGUCCGUGGGCAAUAAUAUAGGUAAUGAUACACAAAGUGGCCAAUUUUAAUGAUUCGGUCCAGAUGUUGGGGAUUGAAACUUUAGACCUAUAAAUACUGUCUCCAGUCCUCUGUCAUUGGUGUAAGUGGAUUUCUGAGGGAGUACUGAGACGCUCUUAUCCCCGCCCUCACCCCCCCAGAGGAACCUAAAGGGACAGCGCUCCCUGCAGAGGCACCAGAUGUGCGCUGUUAUGGAGAGCCGGGGAGAGGGGGCCUUUUGUGAGGCAUCAGAUAAGCCCUGUUCCCAAAGCCGAGCCGGAUCGGGUAUCAUCAGCGGUUCCACGAGGGGGCGAAACCCAAGCCCUGCGCCCUGGAUCGGGUUUCUGUUUACACGAGCGUGGUCCCUGGAUUCCUCCAACCCCCGGCUACCUGUCUGUCUCUCUGCCUGCAUGGGGUUGGGCGACCAAGUGAAAGUCCUGCAAGAGAGAGACGUUUAAGGACGCAGAGGAGCCAUCUAAACCCGGCUGCCCCACAUGCCUGGUAAUGACAUGACCAUCUUUGUAGAUGAACUUCGUCAGAAUAAGUGGGAGAAUCGACCGGAUGUUGAUUGAGACCGGAUGGCGCUUGAGAGCGGCGGAGAGGAGAGAGUGGAUUGUUCGGCGGCGGAGCCUCCAGCCCGGAGCGCACGCAUGUUCAGUGAACUCGAAUGGUGUGAAGCCCCAGAUGAAGGACUCAGACGUCCGGGAAUGACAGCCACUGUCACCGGGAGUGACAGCUUUCACUCUGACCUGCUCCGCUAGAACUACUCCAGCUGACACCCAUCACUGAUCCGGAUAGGAUCCAGCCAGAUCAGGACUAUGCCAGAGAUGGAGAAAGGGAGACCACCGGAAAAUAAACGCAGCAGGAAACCCGCGCACCCCGUAAAGAGGGAGAUCAACCAGGAGAUGAAGACGUUUGCAGAGAGCACCAUGAACGAGCUCCUGGGAUGGUACGGCUAUGACAAGGUAGAUCUCAGAGAGUCAGAGGCCAAUGAGAUCAGAAACUACAGAGAGAGGCGUCAGCAUGUGUCCGUGCUAAAAGAAAACUCAUUGCCAAAACCCAAGAGCCUGGACACCAAAGUCAGUCAUUCAGUCCUGGCCAUGAAGUGCGGAGAGAGAGACUCCUCCAGCGUCCCCUCCUCUUCACCAUCCUCUUCGUCAACAAGUUCAUCCCUGACCACCCCCAAGGAGCACAAGAGUGCCCCAGUCAUUGUCCCCCUUAUAAAGCCAUCAGCAGUGGAAGAUGUACAGAAUGUGCAGAUAGUGUGUGUCUGGUGCCAGAAGGAAGGUGUAAAACGCUACUCUCUAUGCAUGGGCUCAGAGCUCAAGAGCUUCUGCAGUGAGAAGUGUUUCGCCGCCUGCAGACGGGCAUACUUCAAACGCAACAAGGCCAGAGAUGAAGACCUCCAUGGUGAGAGAUCCCCUCAGCACCCCCAUACGGAGGACUCGCCCAGACUGGUGUUGAAAAUAAACAGCAAUGUCAGAUCUCUCUCUCCUGUGCCACAGGUAUGUGAUUGGUGCAAGCAUGUCCGUCACACUAAAGAGUACCUGGACUUUGGAUCCGGUGAGGAACGUCUCCAGUUCUGCAGCACCAAGUGUCUGAAUCAGUACAAGAUGGAUGUUUUCUACAGAGAAGCACGCGCAGCUCUCACCAGCACCAGCUCCAGCCCAAGCAGAACCAGUCAGGAGGGGAGGGCGGAGAGCUGUGUCGCCGGGCAAAAGCUACUCACUCCUGAGUCCUGGAACAGCAGCAACAGCAUAGGGGAAGCCCGUCAUAGAAACCUCUCCCCUAAAGGGCCAGCGCUAAUCCAUGGUUCAGCAGAAUCCACCUCCAUCUCCUCCUCAGAAGCAUCCUCUUCUUCCUCUUCCAAGGUCCCUGUCUCUGGGCUGAGAACCCUGGAGAGACCCAUCCAGCCUCCUCCACAUCCGCCUGCUGUGGAGGUGUCACCCCACCCUGCUCCCCUUCCUCCUCCACCUCCGCCUCGCCCCCCUCUGGAACAUCAGCCGCUGCCUCAGAUCCCCAUCCCCUUCAUCAGACCUCCUCUUCAUGCACAGGGCAUGAAAAGCCCCCUUGCCAACCCUCCCAGACACCCAGGUCCCCCCUCCAGCCCUAUCCACAGACCCCCCCACUCUCCUCAUCUGCAGCCCCCCACCUCCUCUUCUAUGAAUCCCCCUGGACUGAUGCAUCCCUUUCCAGGAGCCUACUUUCCUGGCUUGCACUCCCCUCCUCUGAAUAUGAUGCCAAGAGGUCCCGUCCCAAUGCCUCCCAUAAUGAACUUUGGUAUUCCUUCCUUUAGCCCUCUCCUGCCCCAGCCCACUGUCCUGGUCCCUUAUCCCAUCAUUGUUCCCUUGCCUGUUCCCAUACCCAUUCCUAUCCCUAUUCCAGUCCCUUCAAAAGCAACCUUAGAAACUCCAAGUCACAGUGGAGUUAUCCAGCCUGUGCCAGAGGGGGUAGACAGGGGUAGAUCCAGGGUUACCAGGCUGCCAUCUCCAGGGAUCCCUGAAGGGGACAGCAGAUUGGUAGCCAACAAGUUGGGUGGAACCUUGACUCAAGGUCUCCCCUCGCCAACUGAGCCCAACACAGAUUGGGUUAAAUCAGAGAGGCCAUUCCCAUCCCCAACUUCCACAAUCAACAGUGGAACAUCCUCUCCAAGAGCACAGUACAAUGAAUCCCCCUGCUCCGCUCCAGGGUCGGAGGGGCUGACAGACUAUAAGCAGCAGCAGUCAGAGCGACAAGUCAUCCAAAGGGUUCUUCAAAGAACCCAAGUCAAGAUGGAGCCCAGUGCCAAUGGAGUGGUGGACCUAUCAGGGCUGGGGGAGUCAGGAACUGGGCAGGGUACCAGGUCAGGGCUCCAGGACAUCAUCAGACCCACCCCUCCUCUACCACAGUCCCCUUCACAUGACACUGUCUACCACCACCUGGACUCUCACACGCCACCUUCACACACCCCACCCAGCCCCACAGGGAACAGCCAUCUGAACGAUGUCACGUCCUCUGCCCUGAAAUCUCAGGACCACAGUCCAAACGGGAUGUCCUCCUCAUCCACACCCUCCAGUCCGGACUCCUCCCUACCGCAGAGAGUAACAGCACCACCCCCAGACCCCACUAUCAGUGAGCUGGAGGCCAUCAAAGAGAACAAGUGCUCUGUUGUCGGCCCAGCGCGGGUUGAGGGCCCCGUCAGUCAAUCGGAAGAGCCCUUAGCGGGAGUCGGGGAUGUAGGAGAAGACCCCCAUGUUCCUGAUGAGGACCAUGCCUAUGCCCUGCCCACAGCACCAAAGACAGGUGGGACCCCCACCCCGCUGCUCUUGCCCAAACUCAGGGACAAGGGUAGCCUGCGGAGCCCUGCUAAUUUGCCAAGCGCUGGAGACAUGGAGCCAGCUCUGAAGAGGCGAUGUCUACGAAUCCGAGAUCAGAAUAAGUAGAGGAUGGAGACUCCCUGUUUAACACUGUAUGGCAGUGCCAGAUUCAGUGCCACGCCCUCUUGUGGACAACCAUAGUGCUAACAUCCUCCAGCCUGUCCCUCAGCCUGUCAGCCCACCAGUGUCGCUCUGCCUGUAGACCAGCAGGGUGCCAACCCAGGAAGCGGUCCAGAUGGCGACACUAUCACAAGUCAACGUUGGGGGACGAACACAACACAGUCACACAUUUUGUCUUGGACCAAAGAGUAUUGCUGGCUUGUGUGUUAUGUUGUGUUCAGUGAGUGUUUGAUACGGAGCAUCUCAGAUCUUCUUGCCCCAAAGUGUGUCUCUGUGUGUGUAUGUGUGUGCACGAGUUAGUGCGGCUGCCCAGAUGCGCUCCUCCUCCUCCUCCUCCUCCUCCUCUCCUUGCUCCACACAGCAGACAGAGCUGUGAUCAGCCUUGUGUGGUCUUCUCAGAUGGAACCUGAACAUGAUCUCUUUCCAGGGGAAACGGUUUGUUUUCUCUGCCUGGCUUGCACAAAGAGCCACAUUGUUCCUCUCCCCAUAUCCCACGCUGACUCCCCACUCCAGGUUUUGGGUUACCUGGCCGACGGGGGCUCAGACUUCAGGAGUUUUUUUUUUUUUCUUUUUUGACCGACAGCCAGGAAUAUAGUAUACCCUUCUCCUCUCCACCUCUCCACCCCAAUCUAAAUACAGUACACACCACACGCUCUGAGGUUUGAUUCCUCACAACUGAUUGCCUGUGAUUUCCUUCUCUGCUCACUUCCUUCAAGGGAGGAGAGAAAUUCUGCUGAGAUUAAGACUUAAUCCUUGGGCAGUUUACACACUGUGCAGGGAGAGUCUGGCUGGGCUGUUAAGACAGACGACUGAGCAGUACCACGCAAUCUCUGAGGAGGAGAGGAUGCGCCCUCUGCCUCCUCAAAAACAAUAACAUGAUACAAAAACAUAUAGUAUAUAUAUGAGGGGACGCCUACUGAUAUACAGUAGCUGAGACGGUCUGUGAACACUUUAGUCGUCCUGAUGACGCUGGUACAGAAAUGUGUGAUUUGCAGAUCUGCCCUCACCAUUCACCUGAUCCGCCAAAGCUUUAACAGCAGAAUCACAAUUUGAAUCAUUUUUUGCCAUGCAUAUUCAUGGAAACAUUUCAAUCAUGAACAUUCACGGCACAUGACAGUUUAACUGGUCCUGAUUCUGAUUUUUUUUCUUUAUGUUGCUGGCCCUGAUCAGACGGUUCUAAAAAAAUACAAAAAAAAAAAACACAAAAAC